CUUUCAGUUCUGGAACCUGGGGAAUGCUGGGUAAAUAAAGAUUGAUUCCCUGGAGUUUGAACUUUCUCAGCUGACUGUUGGAGGCUGGGGGUGGAAGGACAGAGUUAGUUUUCUUUCCAGAUUUCUGUAAGAUCAUAGGACCAUAGCUGGAAGGCACCUUAAAUAUCAUCUCUAGACCAAGCCCGUCAUUUUGCAGAUGAAGAAACAGAGGCUCAGGCCUCAUUCUAUUCCUUUCCUUCACAGACUUAUUGAAAGGUAAUUCAACUGAGGAGACGGGGAGUUUGUAGAAAAGGUGGCAGAACCCGAGAGGAGCUCAAACUGGGAUAAACGGUGAUGCCCUCAACCCCAUCCCUGCAGACAGCCCAUGAGGGGGUGUACUGCCCCAUUUGUACUGGCCUCCCUGAGGACCCAGUGAGUUCCCCCUGUGGACACAUCUUCUGCAGAUCCUGCUUCACAUCACCCUCAUCAAUGGGUGCCCAUCCCUCUAGGCUGUGUCCAAUCUGCAAGGAGAAGAGGCAGCUAGAGGUCCUCCAGCCCCGGGGCUUAGCCACUGAGAACCUGAAGAUCCUGGGCCAAGUAGGAAAGACUCACUGUGAUGAGCAUGGUGAGAAAAUUUACUUCUUCUGUGAGAAUGACGGGGAGUUCCUUUGCGUGUUCUGCCGGGAGGGUUCCAAUCACCAGACUCAUGCUGUGGUACUCCUGGAUGAAGCCACUCGACCCUACAGGGAACGACUCCGGAGUCGGUUAGAGGCCCUGCGUAUAGAAAAAGAAGAAACGGAGGGCAUGAAAAGGCGGGAAGACCAAAAGAUUCAGGUGCUAUUGACCCAGAUUGAAUCCAAGAAGCAGCAGGUAGAAGAGGCAUUUGAAUUGUUGCAGCAAGUACUUGAGGGGCAACAGCGCCUUCUCCUGGAUCAGCUAGGGGAGCUAGAAAAGGAGAUCUGGAAGGAGAGAGAUCAUUACAUUGCCAAGGUCUCUGAAGAGAUCACCCAGCUUGGUGCACACAUAAAGGAGUUAGAGGAGAAGUGCCAACAGCCAGCAAAUGAGCUCCUAAAGGAUGUAAAAAUGACCCUGAACAGGUAUGAGAAGGGGACAUAUAUCAGUCCAGAACCUAUUUCUCCUGGCCUGGUGAGAAGGAUCCGUGAUCUCCACCAAAAAAUAUGUGUUCUUCCGGAAAUGAUGGCGAAAUUCUCAGAAAACUUGCUGCUUCAUCUGGAGACCAAUACAGGAGGUAUCACUCUGGAUCCCCAGACUGCUAGCUGGAACCUCAUCCUCUCUGAAGACAGAAAGUCGGUGAGAUACACCAGACAGAAGCAAAACCUGCCAGAGAAUCCCCAGCGUUUUGAUGGGCUACCUGCUGUAUUGGGUGCUCAAGGUUUCUCUUCAGGAAACCACUCCUGGGAAAUUGAAGUGAUGCUGGGUGAUGGAGGUGGUUGUACCGUAGGUGUGGCCCGAGAAGACAUGAAGAGGAAAGGGGAGAUGGGCCUGAGCACUGAGGAGGGCAUCUGGGCUGUGAUUUUCUCCUAUCACCAAUGCUGGGCCAGCACCUCCCCAGGUACUGAUCUACCACUGAGUGAAAUUCCCCGAAGGGUUCGGGUGACUCUAGACUACAAUGGAGGACAUGUGACUCUCUACAAUGCUGAAACCCAAACCACAAUCUUUGCAUUUCCUGCCGCCUUCUCAGGCAAAAUCUUUCCUUUCUUUGCUGUUUGGAAAAAGGGCUCCCGACUCAUUCUGAAGCCCUGAAAGAGAUGCUCUCCCCACUUCUGUUUCCCUGGGCCCCUGUAUUCAUUCACUGGGCUCUAGGAUGGAGCAGACUUCAAUUUUCUCCCUUUUCAGCUCAUGUCUAGGUAGAUCUCUAGAUGUACAGAAAUUGUUCCAAAUGGGUUUCAUUUGCAAUGCUGAGACCAAAUUAACCUUCCAACUUACAAAUAAUGUCAGUGAUGGUAGAACUGAAUGAAAGUCUAUUGAAUAUCUAUUGGAUUCAAUUGUUAUUCCUAGUGGUACUGGGAAAGGGACACAUCCUGAGUCAUGUGAUGUAGAAGGAGAUAGAGAAGUCUUUUCUCCCACUCUGAGCUUCGGUUUCAAAAACUACAAAAGGAAGGGGUUCAGGGCAGCUAGAUGGCGCAGUGGUAAAGCACCGGCCCUGGAUUCAGGAGUACCUGAGUUCAAAUCCAGCCUCAGACA